AUGAGGGAAAAUCUGGAUUCCUCAGAGACUGCGCAGGAACCAAGCAGAGAUGGGAAUGCCACAGGGGAGCCUGCCAAGAAUAAGGUAAUUGUGGAGGGAAGAAGGGAAGCGCAUCAGCUGGAAAACAACAGAAGAAUUGAGGAAGCGGCGACCCGUGAGACAAUCCCAGAAUGCAUUGUUUCAAAAACUGAGAAGCGUUCAGGGCCUGUGAUGCAUGAAAAGAGGAAAGCUGAGGUCGAUGGAGAUGAGGAAAAUGAAAUGAAGCGAGGAACUAACCUGAGUAAAUCUGAGACGGAAGACAAAAGAGUCAGAGUGGUGCAGUGCUCAGAUAAAAACUUCAAUAAAAUUCCACACGGGAUUCCCUACAAUGCCAUCUACAUUCUCCUGAUGAAUAACCGGAUCAACAGCCUCCAGCUGGAUCUGCUCAGUGAAUACCCCUCUCUUGAUUUUCUUGCAUUGAGCAACAAUCGCCUCACAGAUGGGGCUAUAAAAAGAGCAUUCAAGAGAGUUCCAAGUUUAAAGCGGCUGUACAUGGAUAGGAAUCUUCUGCAGAGCGUGCCGGUUGACCUUCCAGCUUCUCUCGAGGAGCUCCGACUGGACAGCAAUCAUAUUAGAGUGAUGUCGGACAGAGCUUGGAUGCAGUGUCCCAGCUUGUCGGUUCUAAGCCUGAGUAACAAUAGUUUGGGAAGUGGAUCUGAAUCUUUUCCUAUAGGAGUUUUCUCCCCGUUGUCCAACCUGCGGACUCUAAAUUUGGACUACAACCAGCUAUCUUCAGUACCAGAGGACUUACCUCUGUCAAUCAAGGAGCUGUAUCUGAAAGGAAACCUCAUCAAACGGCUCCCAAGAGGAAUUUUCAGAGGAAUUUCCGGAUUGAUGGUGCUGGACUUGAGUGCAAACAGACUGACCAGUAGAGGUCUUGUGAAGGACUCUUUACUGAACACUACACACUUAGAGAGCCUCAACUUAGAGGGAAACCGGCUAAAACAAGUGCCACGCCACCUCCCCGCUUCCCUAAAAACUCUAAACCUGGAUGGAAAUCUAAUUUCCUCCAUAAAGAAAGCUGCUUUUACCAGCUUGAAAAGCAUGGAGCACCUCAGUUUGGCUAAAAACAAGAUCACCAAAGUGGCAGCAGGUGCUUUCAGAGCUCUAUCCGCUCUGCACCAGUUAGACCUGUGCCACAACGUCUUGCAGCAGGUGCCCAGACACCUGCCUGGAGCUUUACACUCUGUCGCACUCAGCUACAACAGGAUCCAGUCAGUGCCUCGGGAUGCCUUCUGCUGGGGUAACCAGACUCUAAGUGGGCUCGUGCGAGUGCAGCUGGAACACAACUUUAUUGACUUUGGAGAGCUGGACAUGAGGGCUGUUAGCUGCUUACGAGGAUCCCAGGUGGUGCAUUUUUACUGAUCCACAGGAGAAUGUCAAAAACAACUGUUUAAUAUUCAUGUUAAUGUUCUAAUUCCUGAUGUUUAAUGUUUCACAUUUUAGCUCAUAGAAAAUUGCUUUAAUUAAAUACACAAUUAGCUAUAAGUGUUUGAGAAAUUAAUGCUUUACGAACAAAUAUGAUAAAAAUGUGCAUUACAGAUAAAUAAAAAUUGUUGUAAAACUAUUAUAUUUUUCAUAUAACUAUAUACUUUCUAGGUUUUUUUGUUUCUUUUUUCUU